GCGAUUGCGACUUCGUUUAUUCCGCAUGCGCCAUUCGGCCACUUUGAUCUGCGUUCAACUCAUGUGGUAGAGAAACAAUCGCACCAUUAUUGCGUCAUAGCUGUCAAGGAAUUGUAAAGGAACAGGAAGAAUGUGGGCAGCGAAGAUCUGCCGAGCUGGUGUUUCACCAGGCUUGGUGUCGCUCGUUCGAACUCCGGUCAUCCCGACGACGCCGUUCUCCAAGGGCCAAAUCGUGAGAUUGUUCGCUAACGAUGGGCGCAGUUCUUACGCGAGGACCGCCAGGAGGAGGGCCACCGUGGCGGAACAAGCGAUGGCCCCGGCCGGUGAAACAGCAUUUAAUAUUGGAAAAGGAGUAGUCGCUGGAGCAUCAGUAGUGGGAUUAGGUGCUCUUUGUUAUUAUGGAUUAGGUCUGUCUUCACAAACAGGAGCCAUAGAUCAUGUACACUUAUGGCCCGAAUAUGUCAAGGACAGAGUGAGAUCUACUUAUAUGUACUUCGGCGCAUCCAUCGCUGCCAGCGCGGCAUCUGCAGCUAUGUGCCUGCGUUCUCCUACUGUGAUGAAUCUGAUGAUGCGUCAAGGAUGGGUUGCUAUAGGUGUAACAUUAGCCGCGAUGAUCGGUAGCGGCAUGCUUGUACAAUCCCUUCCAUACAAGAAAGGAUUUAAUAGCAAACACGUGGCUUGGCUAAUACACACUGGUAUCUUGGGUGCCGUUAUAGCCCCAUUGACUCUUUUGGGUGGACCGUUGGUUCUCCGAGCGGCUUGGUACACUGCUGGGAUAGUCGGUGGCUUGUCAGCGGUUGCUAUCUGCGCGCCUAACGAGAAAUUCCUGACAAUGGGUGGCCCCCUCGCUAUUGGUUUAGGCGUAGUGUUUGCCAGCUCGCUUGGUUCUAUGUUCUUACCACCUACAACCGUUCUUGGAUCUGGAUUGUAUUCUAUAGCUUUAUAUGGCGGUCUUGUACUGUUCUCUGGAUUCCUACUCUAUGAUACGCAGAAGAUCAUUAAGCAAGCGGAAACUUAUCCAUUAUAUAACGUUCAUGACAGGCCAUACGAUCCAAUUAAUAAUGCAAUCUCGAUUUAUCUGGAUACAUUAAACAUCUUCGUGCGAGUUUUAACCAUAUUGGCUGGCGGUGGUAGUAGACGUAAAUAAAGGAGUAAAACAUAAUGAGAA